GUACCUCCAUAUUUAUAUCCUCAUCUCCACAUGGGCAAAAACUCUAAAAAUUCCACACACAUCAUAAUUCUUUUACAAUUACCUCAGCCUAGAAGUUAUACAUUUGUCAGAAAUAUAUUACAAAAAACCAGAGCAUAGAAGCUUAGGGAGAAGCACUAAAAUAUACACAAGAAGUGCUCUAUUAGUAUUUCUUUAUUUUAUCUUUUUUUUUUUUUAAGUUGGAAAAAAUGCUGAGACUACAGUGAGCUGUUGUUGUUUGCUUAGAAUGGAGAUUAUGUACUGCUGUCUGAAUUUAGAAUUUGCAAAUUCUGAGAAGACUUUCUGCUGUUUGGAUCACAGAAGCAGACAGCAACAACUACUAAUGUAAACACACACACACACACACACACAAAAAAAGACAUCUUUUGUGUUAAGAGUUUAAGGAAGAAGAUUCAAGAAAACCCUCCAAGAAAACUAAAGAUGGCUGCUUUCUGCUGCAAUAUAUCUCCAAUCAUUGUCUUCUUCCUGUUUUUCAUCUCCUCCGUUUUCCCGGUUCGAUCGUCGGUGAAUUUCAACGACACCCAUCAGAAGUUCCGACCGGUCGACGAGUCGAAGAAGUUGAAGUUUAUCAAAGCCCAUCUCACCAAGAUCAAUAAGCCCCCUGUUAAGACAAUUCAGAGCCCAGAUGGCGAUAUCAUAGAUUGUGUGUUAUCUCAUCAACAACCAGCCUUUGAUCAUCCCCAACUAAUAGGACAAAAGCCACUGGAUCCACCAGACAGGCCAAACGGACAGUUACCAAGAACAAGAAUGUUCGAAGAGAAUUCACAAAUCUGGAGCAUGUCAAAUGAAUUCUGCCCACAAGGCACUGUUCCAAUUAGAAGAACAUCUGAAAAAGAUUUUCUCAGAGCAAGCAAUGUUAAAAGAUUCGGCAAGAAACUCCGAAACCCUAUUCGCAGAGAUUCUUCCACAAACGGCCACGAGCAUGCUGUUGGAUAUGUGAGUGGAGAUGAAUACUAUGGAGCAAAAGCAAGUAUUAAUGUGUGGGCACCUAGGGUUUCAAAUCAAUUUGAAUUCAGUUUAUCUCAAAUGUGGGUUAUAGCUGGUUCUUUUGGUGAUGAUCUCAACACCAUUGAAGCUGGUUGGCAGGUUAGCCCAGAGCUAUAUGGAGAUAAUUAUCCCAGAUUCUUCACAUACUGGACUAGUGAUGCAUAUCAAGCAACAGGCUGUUACAAUUUGCUGUGCUCAGGAUUUGUUCAGACAAACAAUAGAAUAGCAAUUGGUGCAGCAAUUUCUCCUACUUCUUCAUAUAAUGGUGGUCAAUUUGAUAUUAGCUUAUUAAUUUGGAAGGAUCCGAAGCACGGGAAUUGGUGGCUAGAAUUCGGAAACGGAAUCUUAGUUGGUUAUUGGCCAUCUUUUUUAUUUACACAUCUAAGGGAUCACGCGAGUAUGGUCCAAUUUGGGGGUGAAAUUGUUAAUAGCCAAAGUUCGGGGGGUCACACGCAAACACAAAUGGGGAGUGGGCAUUUUGCAGGAGAAGGGUUUGGAAAAGCAUCUUAUUUCAGAAAUCUCCAAGUUGUUGACUGGGAUAAUAGUUUAGUCCCUUUAUCGAAUCUUCGAGUUUUGGCGGACCAUCCGAAUUGUUACGAUAUACAAGGCGGGGUUAAUAAGGUUUGGGGAAAUUAUUUUUAUUAUGGAGGACCAGGGAAAAAUUCCAGGUGUCCUUGAAGAGAAUGGUAUAUUAUUUUUGUUUUUAAUUUUAUUUUUUUUAUUGGGUGAUUUUUAAUUUUUAGGUUAUUUUCUCUCAAGAUGGAAUAAUUCUUUGUAUUUUCCUAGUGAUCCUUUGAAAUUAUACCGCCUAAGGGUGUUGUAAAUUGGUAAAUUUGAAAUAGUGAAUAUACUGUGUUUUUUCCGACCGUU